AUGACUGAGCAAUACUAUUACACAGCCUCAACGGGCUUGCUACAUCUUAUAUACAACAUCCAAAAUGGUGCAGCGCCAGGGACGGGCGUCAAAAAACUAGCAACAUUUGCAAAUAAUUUACUAGGCGAGGAGAUCCCACCAGCUGUCAUCAAUAAUGCAGUGGGCUUGUUAAACAACUUGUAUGGGCUGUACCCCAACCAUUCAGAUUAUGUGCCCUCGAUUGUAUUUGCCGCACUAUUUGCAGUUAUCAUGUUUAUUCAUUUAGGUGUGUUUUUGAUGGAUCAAUAUAGAGGCCACUACUUUUACCUUUCCUUAAUCUGGAUUUUUUACUGCGCCAUGAAAAUUAUUGGGUUUGCCUUGAGAGCAAAAUGGUCAACCAACAUCUUGCUCGUUGACUUGGGAUUGACCAGCGAGAUUUUCUUGAUUGUUCCCGCAAUGAUUAUAGUGCUGGCCAACUUGAUCCUUGCGCAACGACUCUUUACAUGGAGACACCCCGUUGGUGGGUCAAGAAGAUUAUUUUGGAACUUUAUGUUUACUAUAUACAUAAUCGUUGGUAUAAUCAUUGCAGUAACAGUUCUUGCAUCGGCAGUGCCGUACCUAUACUUUAUCAGCUGGCAAUCUUAUAGAUCGUGGAUCAAGACUGUGCAAUUCACUGCUGUUUUAAUCUGUCUCUAUUGCUUAACAAGUAUGUCACUUAUCGGAUUGAGUUUCUGGCUCCCAACUCAAAAGGAUGUAAUGCGAUACACGUAUCAGCCAUGGUGGAUCGAGAGCUUUUCUCCCUUGUAUUUUCCAAAGAAGGGAGCAGCACAAAAAGCAGCAGCUACAUUUAUGAAGAGAAACUCAAAUCAUCGUCAUGCAACAAGAGUUAUUGCCGCAACACACCACCAUUUCCAUAACGUCAAGGGCCUCACUAAUCAGCGUGGAGAUCUUAAGCACAAUGUGUCGAUGGGAUUGCUUAUCCUUACAACCGUUUUGGUUCUUAUCGAAUCUAUUGGCCGUGCCAUUGUUGUUUUUCAAGCGAGAGAAAAUAAGUAUACAAGCCCCGCUGGUAACAGAUGGUUUAUGUAUGUGUGUUGGGGUGUAUUUGAGAUUAUAAUCAAUAUCUGCUACAUAGUGGGAAGGGUUGAUUUACGCUUCUAUAAACCUGAUCGCUUACCCAAAGAGGUUAGAUCAAUUAUCACAGCGAACCAAACAUACUAUCCAAGUUCAGAUGAAGAAGAGGAUGGGUUCCACAGAGACAGACCAGAGACUUAUGGCAAGAUUCGUGGAAUUAGUGAACAUGGAUACAAGAACUCGCCAUCACACGCAUACAAAAAUGGAAUGGAACAGCCAGAAAAUGCAUAUGCUCCAUAUGGAUAUGAUAAGGGAUCUGUAUUUGUGGGGGGCAAUUUUAAUGAAGAAGAAGAAGAAGAAGAUGAUGAAGAUGAUGACGAGUUUGACGAUAUUAAAUCGAACGAAUGGGACUUUACAGUUCCAAAAGCGGAGAAAUUGUCAUCUAGUUCUGAAGAAUACCCACUGGACACUAAAAAGAACCAGUUGCCAUACCCAGUUGAUGACAAGAAACAGAAUUCUAGAUUUGACAAUUUUGAUCACGACUUUGAUAAUGACGAUAGAGACUCGGAGUUUAAUUUUUAA